AUUGACAGUUCAGUCAUGAUUUCGUGAAAUUUGUGUUGUUUUUGUGCUGAAAUUUAUUUGAAAAAUGGAUUCCACGGACAUUCUUGACGAUAAAGAUAGCGGUCCAGAGGUGCAGAUCAAUCUGCCAAGCUCUGUGAUGAGCCGCAUCGAGGAGUUGAUGGGAGGAACUGAGCAAUUCGACAGCGACGAAUUCGAUGCUGUGGCGUACAUCAACAGAGUGUUCCCGACAGAGCAGUCUCUGUCUGGAGUGGAGAGCGCCGCAGCGAGAUGCGAAUUUAGGCUUUCAGGCGUGGAACAUGACAUCAGGCGCCUGGUGCGUGCUCAAGCUGAGCAAAGGGAGGCAGGACAGAAGGCAUUACUUGAUGCACAACGCUGCAUCGGAGAGUUGGCUCUGCAGGUAGCAGACAUAAACAAGAAAGCCGAACGAAGCGAGAGCAUGGUCCGCGAGAUCACAGCGGAGAUCAAGCAGCUGGACUGCGCCAAGUGGAACCUGACAGCUGCUAUCACCGCGCUGAACCACCUUCAUAUGCUUGUCGGCGGCGCUGACUCGCUGCGGAGCAUGACGCUCGCCAAACAGUACAAGGAACUGGUGCUGCCUAUGCAAGCAAUCAUGGAGGUAAAGUCCGGUCGCCAAGCGCGGAGCAUGACGCUCGCUGCGGAGCAUGACGCUCGCCAAACAGUACAAGGAACUGGUGCUGCCUAUGCAAGCAAUCAUGGAGGCUCGCUGCGGAGCAUGACGCUCGCCAAACAGUACAAGGAGCUGGUGCUGCCUAUGCAGGCUAUCAUGGAGGUGCUGCAGCACUUCGAGGCGUACCGCUCGAUCCGCGAGCUGAGCGCGCUGCGCGAGCGCGUGCACGCCACGCGCGCGCAGCUCGCCGCGCAAAUACUCGCCGACUUCAAGCAGGCCUUCACCGGCGGCAGCGCGAGCACGGUGCCAACACGAACAUUGGCGGAAGCUUGCGGCGUGUUAGACGUGCUGGACGCGCGCGUGCGCCGCGAGCUGCUCACGUGGUUCAUCGGCGUGCAACUGCAGGAGUACCAGCACCUAUUCUCGGCGGAGCAGGAGUGCGCGUGGCUGACGCACAUCGAGCGGCGCUAUGCGUGGCUCAAGCGGCACUUACUGGCCUUCGAGGACUCACUUGGCGCCGUGUUCCCGCCUGCCUGGCGCCUUAGCGAGCGCAUCGCGCACCAGUUCUGCAAGAUCACGAAAACGGAACUGAGCAAUAUCCUCGCAGCGCGGCGCAACGAGUUAGACGUCAAGCUACUACUGUACGCCGUGCAGAAGACGUAUAACUUCGAGCUGCUGCUGCAUAAGAGGUUUACUGGUACGGAUCUAGGUGCGGAGAACAUAGACCCAACUGCAUUGGACAAGCAGGGUACUUUCGACCCUGAUUCCAAAGAUGCGUUCCCAGAAUCCGAAACGCCCUCAGAAGCGGGUGACUUGCCGGAGACGGGCGUGACGUCACCGUGGGUACGCUCCAUCGGCGAAUGCUUCGAGCCGUAUCUCUCGCUCUACAUACACAGCUUGGAUGCAAACUUAAGAUCUUUUAUGGACCGAUUUGUACAGCGUCGUGCGGCGAGCUGUUCCUGUUCUACAAGAAGUGCCUCGUGCAGUGCGCGCGGCUCACCACCGGGGAGCCCAUGCUCGGUGCGUCUCAUCAUCAUCACCACAGGUCAUCACCAGGCGGGCGCGGUGAUCGCGUCGUGCGGCGAGCUGUUCCUGUUCUACAAGAAGUGCCUCGUGCAGUGCGCGCGGCUCACCACCGGGGAGCCCAUGCUCGAACUGGCGACGGUGUUCCAAAAGUACCUGCGAGAGUAUGCCUCGUCAGUCCUCCAGGCGGCGCUCCCGCGGGCCUCCACUCCCGGCCUGUCCCUGGCUGCCCUGGGACCGAAUGUACCCAGUCUGGUGUCCAACCUGCAGACAUUGCUGAAAGACGAUUCAGGAAGCAACGGAGGGAAUACGAGGUACACAAAGCAAGAGUUAGCAAAAAUUACAAGCGUCAUCACUACAUCGGAAUACUGUCUCGAAACCACCAUCCAUCUGGAACAGAAGCUGAAAGAAAAAGUCGCGCCAGGUCUCGCCGACAAGAUAGACCUCACUCCAGAACAAGACCUAUUCCAUAAAAUGAUCAACAACUGCAUCCAAAUGCUUGUCCAAGACCUGGAAUUAGCCUGCGAGCCAGCCCUACAGGCGAUGACGAAGAUAUCCUGGCUUAACUUCGACAACGUCGGCGACCAGAGUUCCUACGUCACCCAAAUCAUCAUGCACCUCAAAAACACCGUCCCGAACCUCCGAGACAACUUAGCAUCCUCCCGAAAGUACUUCACGCAAUUCUGCAUCCGUUUCGCCAACUCCUUCAUCCCAAAGUUUAUACAAAACAUUUACAAAUGCAAGCCUAUUUCCACAGUUGGUUCUGAACAGUUGUUGUUAGAUACGCAUAUGUUGAAAACGGCGUUGCUAGAGCUGCCAUCUAUUGGGUCAGAAGUGAAGCGGCCUGCGCCUGCGAUGUAUACCAAAGUUGUGAUCAAGCUGAUGACGAAGGCCGAAAUGAUUCUGAAGCUAGUAAUGGCGCCGUUAGACGGGAAUCGCGAAGGAUUCGUGGCUCAAUUUGUGCAACUAUUGCCAGAAUCUACUAUUGCAGAGUUCCAUAAAGUUUUAGAUAUGAAAGGCGCGAAGUUGUCCAAAACACAGCAAGCGGCCUGGGACGCCCUGUAUAAAGAAACGGCGAGAGUUCAGAGUGACGCUGCCAAGUAACUUGGCUAAAAUUAAACUUGGAUCCGAUAACUUUGCAAUGACAUUCGACUUAACUAACGGACUCAUUGAAAGUUAAUUAAUUACUACUACUUUUUUAUGUCACGGGCUAAUUGAGUUUGUUAUGAGGCUUCAAAGUUGUGUACUGUCCAUUGUAUUUUUUUCUUCGCUGUUUGAGUAUUUUUAAUCUUAAUUCCUGGCAACACAGUAGUUGGGUGUGGUCUUCUUUAGACACUCCCAGUCCCAUGUAACUUUUAACAUAGCUAAUAUUAUUGAUAAUUUAGUAAAUCUACAGGCACACCUCUGUAAAUUACACAAAUUGACAGUCGUGAGCGUGUGUAUGAUAUGAUAUGGAAGCUUAUCGGGUGCUAUAUUUCUUCCUCCUAUUUAUUAAAAUUAGUAAUGACUUUCCUUGAAAUUAUGUCGCUGUACUUAAAAUUUACAUUCCGAAAAAUUUUAUUGUCUCAUUAUGUUAUAAGUAUGUGUUGUAUUAUUUAGCUAGCUAGUGCAAUAAAUCACUUAUUUAUACUUUUGUGAAUAAAUGCUGCAAUUCAAAAAUUG